AUGGCUGAGCCUGAUCAGGCGUCACUUUCUGACGCGAAGCAAAACCCUGAGUCUGACCAUCUAGAAUACCUCCAUGAUGGCCUCUCGCAGGACGAUGCUGCAUUUCUUCACGAGUUCCCACAGACUGCCCACAGGAAGGCAUUCCGAAAGGUCGACUUCAGACUCAUGCCGAUGCUCAUGGCCUUAGCUAACCUGGGUAAUGCUAAGAUUGAAGGACUGGAAGCCGACCUCAAGAUGAAAGGAACAGACUACAACGUUGCCAACAUGAUGUUCUUCAUCCCAUACAUCCUGCUCGAGGUCCCGGCAAAUGCCAUUCUCAUCAGGUUCACCAAGCCGUCUCAAUGGAUCAGCCUUAUCGUCACAGCAUGGGGAAUUGUGAUGACCUGCUCAGGCCUUGUCCAGAACUGGGGUGGCCUCGUAGGCUGCCGUGUCCUGCUUGGAGUGUUCGAGGCCGGCUUCUUCCCCGGCGCCGUCUUCCUCCUCAGCCAGUGGUACCCUCCUUACAUGACCCAACUGCGCAUGGCAAUGCUCUACUGUGCCGCCGCCCUGUCCGGUGCCUUUUCUGGUCUCCUGGCUGCGGCGAUCGCAGAGAUGUCCGGCGUCGGCGGCUACAAUGGCUGGCGCUGGAUCUUCAUCCUCGAGGGAGUCGUCACGAUAGGACUGGGAAUCGGUGCCUACUUCAUCCUCCCCGAUUCCCCUUCCCACUCCAAGCGCUGGCUCACGGCUCCAGAGAUACGAUAUCUCAAUCUUCUACAUCAGAAAUUCCGACGCACGCGCCGAGUCGGAGACGACACACAAGAUCAAGAAGACGAGGCCGCAAUGAACAAAGCGCAGAAAUGGAAAAUCUUCCUCUCAGUCAUAACAGAUUGGCAGAUCUAUUUGCAGGCAAUGAUAUUCAUGUCCAGCUCCGUGCCAACUUACGCCCUCAAGUUCACACUCCCCCAAAUCAUGGUCAACAUGGGCUUUUCAAGUACGCAGGCCCAGCUUCUCUCUGCACCCCCCUACGUCGCCGGCGCUAUAUCAGCCGUCGUCUCCUCGCUCUUCGCAGACAGGGUUACCUGGAGACUACCAUUCAUAGUCGGACCCCAGCUCAGUCUCAUGACCGCGUACGCAGUGCUCUUCAGCUUCAGCGCGGACAUUGCCACGCACGUUGCGCUGUGCUUCACAUUCGUACACAUCGCUACCAUCAGCGUCUACCCCAUCAUCCCUGGGGGAAAUACAUGGACCGUGAACAACGUGGCAGGCCCGGCGAAGCGAGCGAUGGGCGUUGCAUACAUGAUUGCCCUGGGCAACUGCGGUGGCAUCAUCGGCAGCUUCAUUUUCAUUGGAGACGAGAGCCCGCGGUACCAGACUGGAUGGGGGGUGAGUCUGGGGUUUAUAUGUGCUGGAGUGUGUGCGGUUUGUACCCUCGGUGUUGUAUAUACAUUGAUAAACAGGCGAAGGGGCCGAAUAACGGAGGACGAGGUCAGAGAGAAGUAUUCUGAUGCGCAGUUGGAGAGAAUGGGGGAUCGCAGUCCGCUCUUCCGCUAUACUCUGUAA